UGAAGACGGGGUAUUCUGGGGGACUGGGGACAGUCUGCUAGCUCCUCCUGAGUGUCAACUUGAGAACUUUGGAAUCCUGUGGUUUUAAAACUUCCAGAAGUGCCUGUUAUCACACAAAGUGGCAAAGUGUUUUUUAUUUUGUUGGAGUUCAGAAGAGCAUGCUGCGGAUAUGUUUAACCCAUAUGUAUUAGAUAUUCCAGCUGUAAUUUUUGACAACGGAUCAGGACUCUGCAAAGCAGGCCUUUCUGGAGAGAUUGGACCCCGUCAUGUCAUCAGUUCUGUCGUGGGACAUCCUAAAUUCAACAUGCCAUUAUCAGAAGCCACUAAGAAAAGGUACCUUGUGGGAGAAAAAGCCCUAUACAAAUACGACGCCUUGCAUUUGCACUACCCCAUUGAGCGUGGACUAGUAACAGGAUGGGAUGACAUGGAGAAACUCUGGAAGUAUCUUUUUGAGUGGGAGCUAGGAGUAAAACCCUGUCAACGACCUGUGCUCAUGACUGAGCCCUCCUUGAACCCAAGGGAGACUCGAGAGAAAAUGGCAGAAGUGAUGUUUGAGACCUUCAAUGUGCCUGCUUUCUACCUGUCCAAUCAUGCAGUGGUAGCACUAUAUGCCUCUGCCUCUGUCACGGGAUUAGUGGUGGACAGUGGGGAUGGGGUCACUUGCACUGUCCCUAUCUUUGAGGGUUACUCCCUGCCUCAUGCUGUUACCAAGCUCUACGUGGCAGGAAGGGACAUCACAGAGCACCUCACUCGGCUCCUCCUUGCUAGUGGAAGUAACUUCCCUUGCAUACUCAAUAAGGCCUUAGUGGGUGACAUCAAAGAGAAGCUGUGUUAUGUGGCCUUGGAUCCAGAGAAAGAGCUAUGUAAGAGGCCAGAAGAGGUUCUGAGAGAAUACAGACUGCCAGAUGGGAAUGUUAUCUACAUUGGAGACCAGCUGCAUCAGGUGCCUGAAAUUCUUUUUGCACCUGACCAGCUGGGUAUCCACAACCCAGGACUCUCCAAAAUGGUGUCCAGCAGCAUUAUGAAGUGUGACACUGAUAUCCAAAAUAAUCUUUUUGCAGAAAUUGUGCUGUCUGGGGGCACCACUCUUUUCCCUGGGCUUGAGGAAAGACUUAUGAAAGAACUGGAACAGUUGGCUUCCAGAGGAACUCCCAUCAAGAUCACAGCUUCUCCUGAUAGAUGUUUCUCUGCAUGGAUAGGUGCAUCCAUUGUGACCUCUCUGAGCAGUUUCAGGCAGAUGUGGAUCACUUCUGCUGAUUUCAUGGAGUUUGGGACAUAUGUUGUUCAGAGAAGAUGCUUUUAAGGAAUCCAGAGCACAAGGGCC